GGCUGGGUGUUUCAGUACGCGACGAGACAUCUCUCGGUGUGGUUCACGCAACCGUUUUCCUUGUUGCGUGUUCGCGUAACGUUGUUGCGUCUCGCGGAAUCGGUUUGUCCACGCGCAAAACCGGGCACGUAAACCCAUCCGUGACAAGAACUACAGUCGAAAAACACCAGGAUGAACGAGAGGGACCUACAGUUGGCGAAGGCGAUAGUGGAUCUUCAGUUGGAGAAAAAUGCCCCGAAGAAGACAGCGGUCUCAAGGAUGCAGAAUAAACAGCAGACGUUCAGCAACUCGCGGUCCGAGUUAACGGUCGAUUGCAUCGAGGCGGCGGAACCGCGAAGGAGAACCAGGAGUCUGAACGCGCCCAGUCCGAUCCAACAGUUCGGCCCAUGCGGGCGUAUUAUGAAAAAUUCUGCGAUGGUCAUGACCAUACAGGAUCCAGCCUCCCAGAGGUUGACGUGGUACAAGCCGCCUCUCACUGUCCUGGUCAUCAAGAAGGUCCGUGAUUCGUCGGUCCUACCGCCGUUCGUCCAAUUAGUCACAUGGCUAAUAGAAGAGAAACGGAUGGUGGUGUUCAUCGAGGCGUCCGUUCUGGAGGAUCCAGCCUUAGCUAGGGACCCCAGGUUCCAAGGGGUUCGAGACAGGCUGCAGACAUUCAGGGACGGAACGGAUGACCUACAGGAUCGUAUCGAUUUUAUCGUCUGUCUGGGCGGCGAUGGGACCCUUCUAUACGCGAGUUUGCUCUUCCAGCAAUCGGUGCCGCCUGUGAUGGCGUUCCAUCUCGGUUCCCUGGGUUUCCUCACGCCCUUCGAGUUCGACAAUUUUCAGGAACAAGUGACAAACGUAUUAGAGGGUCACGCGGCCUUGACCCUGAGGAGUCGACUGAGAUGCAUCAUCAUGCGUAAAGGAGAGGAGGGCAAACCGGCCAAACCACCGACGAAUCUUCUGGUGCUGAACGAAGUCGUGGUAGAUCGUGGUCCGUCCCCGUAUCUCUCGAAUAUCGACCUCUUCAUCGACGGGAAACACGUGACCAGCGUGCAGGGUGACGGUCUGAUCGUGAGCACGCCGACUGGGUCCACCGCGUACGCUGUCGCGGCCGGGGCCAGUAUGAUUCAUCCGUCUGUACCGGCGAUCAUGAUCACACCGAUCUGCCCUCACUCAUUGUCCUUCAGGCCGAUCGUCGUGCCGGCUGGCGUCGAGCUGAAGAUCUCUGUUUCACCCGACAGCAGAAACACCUCGUGGGUGUCCUUCGACGGUAGAAACAGGCAGGAGCUCUUCCACGGCGACAGCUUGAGGGUCACCACCUCCAUAUACCCGGUACCUAGCAUUUGCGCCGCUGACCAAAUCACCGAUUGGUUCGAUUCCCUGGCGGAAUGUCUGCACUGGAACGUCCGUAAAAAACAGAAACACCUGGACGAGCUGAGCGAUCUCACUCAUUCGUCCAGUAACGACACCCUGGACUCUCUUGACCGCGACAGCUAGACCAAGCGACGGACGGGUCACAUCAGAUUGCGUGUCGAGGCCACGGCAACGUUCAGCCAACUUUUAAGGCCAACCGGGCUGGAGGUCGGCUCGAAAUCAGUCAGUGACUCGUUAAAAAAAUCGUCAUCGUUCAUGCACAGACCAUGCCUGACUUGCGUUUAUUCCGCGGUUUGUGAGACCGAACGGGGGAUUGACGUGUCGGUUAAAAGGUAGCCAAGUUAAACAAGUGAAGACACCAUAUGGUCGUCCGGGCACAAUUGUGUUGUUAAAUUUUUUUUCGAGGAUUCGCUGCGAAACUGCGAAUGGUAACUGCGAAAAACACUGUUGCACAAGAAAUUCAAAGGACGAACAAGAUAUGUGGUCCAUUUGUCGUUAGACGAACUGUAGCACUGUACGAAUUCUUGCUUCUACGCAGAAGCGCGUUCCUACUCGCGAUUGUAAAGAUUUGGGAUAGAUGGUGUCGCGUUAAAACCGGUGCAUCGAGAAGCACAACGGAAUGAUCGAAUAAUAGGAGAUGAUUUUUUUUGUACCGAAUGCAUAAUUGUACAGAUCACGUACGUUCUCUACCCUGCGUUCCAUUUUGAAUUUAACAAACUCAUCUCUAAACGAGUUUUGAUUUUAUACCUUCUUCUUCUUUCUUUCGGAGUGUUAACGAUGGUAGCUCUAAUCUUCCUCGUGUCGAAGGGAAAACGUUCUUUUCACGACGCCUUUGUUGUUCAUCCUAGUGGCAAGACUCUGAGCACAUGCCGUCCAUGGAGGCAUCUUGGCCGAGUCUGUUUGAUGUAAUGUUUGAGCAAAUGCCACUGAUCUCAUAGGGACGAAGUUCGCAGUUGCAGGUUUAUCUGUAUCACCGGCACUUGGAGGGAAUAUUGGUCCUCCCACCUUUGUUUCCUUUCCAGAAUGUGAUGGAACAUCCUUAAGAUCAGCGCUACUGAUAGUUUCUAUUGAGGAUGAUAAAGUGGACGUCGAGAGGAUGUUCUUACGUGAUUUUUGAGGAAUGUCUUCUUCAAAAAACAUCCUUUAACGCUCAAAAAUCGAAUACAAAAGGGAUAUUAAUAAUCAGGGGACAAUUGAAAAAUUUUGUAAAUCCCUUUUGUCACGGAAUACGAUGGUGCCUUUGAAGCAUUAUGCGCUCUUCGAUUUACCUAAUUGAAUAGAAAAUAGAAAAAGAACGACUUUUCGGUACCAUAUUUCAACGAGAAAUUAUAACAACAAAUUGCGUUCGCGAUUAUGAAUUCGAAAGGGGAAAAAACGUUCCAAGUCGCGCGGUCGUAUUUAUUUAUUAUACACAUACAUGUUUCUUAAUGCAUUUUACGCCACCAAUGUAAAUGGAUUUGUACUUUGCACGCGGGUACAGAUUCUGUUCAAUUUUUCAAGAGCGAUAUUGCCGACUGCUAAUGGGCAAAGCACACAAGGCUCAAAUCAACUAUUCAAAAUAGAAAUGAGAUGAGGUCGUUGUCGGUAACUAUUACGUUUUGACAAUGAAUAUGGUCUAGACAUGGAUCAUUCUGUUGUAAAUGUUAAAUGUACUUUCCUAUAAAUGAGAAUUUUUAAUAAAAUCAUUUUUAU